AAAAAAUCCCAAUUCCUUCUCCCAUUAUUCAUCUUCUCAGGUUUUACCUAUUACGUUCGUAAUUUGUAACAUUACUCUGAUCUCGAUCUGCCGGCGGCCCCUUCAUCUUCUCCGUCUCCAACAGCUUCGUAGCCACCCCAAUCGAGGAGGAAUCAACUCCAGACUCUGCCUUGGUUCUCCACAUCUUCGAUAUAUGGUAACCUAACUCUGAAUGUCGAUUUGCCAGCGGCCCUAGUCGAGGAGGAAGUAACUCCAGACUCUGCCUUGGUUCUCCGUUUCUCCGUUACAGUAGGAAAACCAUAAAGUUUACUCCGGCCAGUUUUGGUUGACAAUCCUUACAUUUGAGAAGACCUCAAAGCGGUAAUUUAGAGGAAAACUGUCAGAUGCCUGGGGAGAAUUUUUCCAAGCAGGGAGAAAGGAGAAAGGGCAAAAACAUGAGGCGAAGGAAAGAGUGCAUUAGGUUUAGUGCGGACUGUUUGACAAAAGGUCCAUCUGAGAGGCCGACCGAUGAGAUUGUGAAAGCUCGAAAAUCAUCAAAGCACCUGCAUGUGUCUACAGCACAAACAAUAAUUGUCAGGAAACAAGUUGAUCCUGAAACAACGAAGUACUUCUCAGAAAUUGCAAAUCUUUUUGAAGGAACAACAGUUGACUUAGAUGAUCGGUCGGUCAUAUGUGGUAAUGCUUUGGAGGAAACUAGGGGAAAAGAGUUAGAACUGGCUACUGAUUAUAUUAUAAGCCCCACCUUGCAAACUCUUCUUGAAGGCUGUGACAUAGACCACCUCUGUGGUUUUCUCCAAAGCUGUGGAAAGGAGUUCGCUAAUAUAGCGAUGGAUAAAUCUGGAUCUCACGUGGUUGAGACAGCUCUCAGGUCAUUAGCUGUGCAUAUUCAGGAUGAAGGGGCAUACUCUGUUAUUGGAUCAACUUUAAACAAGAUAUGCCAGGAGAUAGUGCUAAAUCUUGUUAGUGUGAUGUGUAGCCAAUAUGGAUCUCAUGUUCUUCGUAGCCUUCUCUGUCUCUGUAAAGGACUACCGUUAGACUCUACAGAGGAGUUCCAUGUUACAAAAUCAUCUUCCAUUUUAGCAGAGAGGUUGAAUUUCAAGUCACCUCAAGCAUUCAGAAAUAAAGUACCACAUCUUCUGCAGGGUUUCCCGGAUUUGCUUAGAUAUCUUAUUGCGGAAAUGUUAAAAUGUGCUAGAGGAGACAUUGCUACUCUGCUAGUUGACAAGUACAGCAGUUUUGUUCUGCAGACUGCCUUGAGGUUGUUAGCUGGCGAGGAUGAAGAAUUGAUGCAUGUGAUUCCCAUCCUUCUUGGCUGCUCUGAGAAAAAUAUUGCGGAAGGGAAAUUCUUAGAAGCAAUUGUGGUGCAGGACAUUUUAGCAAUGCUCAAGGACACUGCUUAUAGCCAUCUAAUGGAGGUUAUUUUGGAAGUGGCACCGGAGACCUUGUACAAUGAAUUUUUGACAAAAGUUUUAAAAAAUUCAUUGUUUGAGAUCUCAUGUGAUCAUUGUGGCAGUUUUGUUGUCCAAGCAUUAGUUUCUUCUGUGCGAUGUCAAGAUCAAAUGGAGUUGUUUUGGGAGGAACUCGGUUCCAAAUUUGAGGAGCUUCUUGGGAUUGGAAGGUCAGGAGUAGUUGCUUCUCUGUUGGCUGCAAGUCAUAAGCUUCAUACACAUGAAAAUAAGGUUCACAGCUUUAACUCUUUGUUUGUAUGCUUUCCUCCUCCUCCCCCCCCCUCCUUUUUUGAGGCACCCCCUCUUUUCAAUAUCAUCUAUCUGAGAUUUUGAUUAGGGUGAAGUUUA